AACAACUAUGACUUGCGUCGUAGAUGAAGACGACCCGUUUCCCGUGGACGACUGUCUGUUUGCCGAAACGUUUUCUCAAGAAAACCUGUACAGUCUGGUCGGCCAUGAGCUGAAGAUAAGACAGGUGUUCGGUGCCAACCUCGGCGUGGCUGCCCCGGUCUGGGAAGCUGCGUUACACUUGUGUCGAUACUUCGAGGAGCAGCGUGUGGAGCUGAGGGGAAAGCGCAUCAUAGAGCUGGGAGCAGGGACCGGGGUGGUCGGUAUAUUAGCAGCACGCCUCGGUGCAGCUGUGACCCUCACAGACCUCCCCCUGGCUCUCCCACAGCUGGAAGCCAACGUCUCAGCUAACAUGCCGUCCAGUGGUUGGCCUUCUCUUCCUCCUGCUGUCCUCCCCCUAUCCUGGGGCAAGGACCACAUGAACUUCACAUCUGACUGGGAUCUGGUGCUGUGUGCAGAUAUAAUUUACCUCCCACAGACUUACCCACUGCUAGUGGAGACUCUAACUCAUUUGUGCAAGAAAGGCGCUGUGGUGUACCUCUCAUCCAAGAUGCGAAAAGAGCAUGGGACUCCGGGUUUCUACGAGGAGAGUCUCCCAAGCAGAUUUAAUGUGGAGCUUGUGCACCGUGAUGACAAACAAAACAUUAACAUCUACAGGGCAUCUCUAAGAACAGACCAGUGAGAGCAGGGACAGGUAUCUACAGGCCUGUGGCCAGGGUUAGUUACUGCACUGAGACCAGAUAUGGCUCUGGUUUUGUGGGUGCCUUUUAAGGGAAUUACAAAAACAAAUGCAGUGAAUGCACUCUGCAAAAUGAAGCGCUCAGAAAGAGCAGCUCAACCUUUGCUGGAUAGCAAAAGUACAGCAAUGCAGUGCCAGUCAGUCUUGUCAGAGGUUGUGUUGAGUUUACAUUGCCUGUUGAGUUGCACAAAAAAGUGGAACAAAUUGUGAAAUCACUACUUUUACUUACUUGACCAUUGGUUUGUUUUAUUUAUAUAUUUAUAUGGAUAUUAUGAAGACUACUAUCAGUUACCUAAGAAAUGUAAUAUCCAAUGUUUUUACAAUACAUGUUUUGAAUAAUGAAUUGUGUUCUAUGUCAUUAUUAGUUAAUAAAUUGUCUGCAAAAUGUG